CCCAAGUGACCUCGGUGGUGUGGUGUAAAGACAGUGCAUGCUCUGUGGAGUACUUGUAACACUACAUGUUGGAUAUUAAUCGCGCACACAAGGGAACAAUCACGAGUUAGUGAUUUAAUAUUACACCGCCACAAACAGCCUUUAUUAUUCCAGCUCAAAGACGGUAUUACAGCAGAAGUUAUGGCUGGAAUUGAGGGACUUUCGCCCGCUGCGGGCCCUGUCGCAACCCGGCCCCCCGAGGACGAGAUUGAAGAUGAUGAAGAUGAGGAUUUGGAUGAGACGCUGGUGGAAAGGCUAUGGGGACUUACAGAGAUGUUCCCGGAGUCAAUGCGCAGUGCAGCAGACGUGUCAGCACAGUGCUCUUUCACACUUGCCAAGAAGCUUUACAGCUUCUCACGUGCUGCGCUUUGGGUUGGCACCACUUCUUUCAUGAUCCUUGUCCUGCCUGUGGUGUUUGAAACAGAGAGACUACAGCUUGAGCAGCAGCAACUUCAACAGCAAAGACAGAUCUUAUUGGGACCGAAUGCUGGGAUGUCUGGUGGUAUGCCUGGAAUGAUGGCCCCUGCACCAGGGAAGAUUUGAUGACAGAGCGACAAGACGAUUAGAUCAGAAAGAAUAGGGGUUGUGAGAGGGCAAAAAGAGCGCUUCCAGGGGUCAGCACGCACGCUCAUUCCAACAAAGCAGUGAAACGAGAAAGGGUAGUAGACGGAUGGAGUGGAAAGAUAAACCUUCCUCUCACUCCCUCUGCUCAUAAUAUCCUCCUGCGUGGACUGACCUCUAAGCACUGAUCUUUUAUGUUUUUUUUUUUUUUUUUUUCAUGUACUAUAUAGUUCUAUAUACAUUUAUGUUUCCAAGGCAGUGAUGGUGGUCCAUCUCGGAAGGGUUGUUUCGAGUUGUUUGAUUGCAAUCGUGUGUGUGUCCUCUUUUGUCUGGGGUACAAAUUGUCUGUAAAAUAGUCCCUAGCCUGUUGCUGGUGUAGCCAACAUGUUAGUGGAAUCACACUAGCUUUAAUAAAUAUACAUGUGGGAGGGGUUAGAUGCAUUCAGACAUCUUCUGUUUGUCUGUUAUGUGGAUUUUAACAAUAUGGUCAUGUCAUCCACAAGAAUGGAAGCUCUAUGAAAGAAGCAGUCCUGACUUUGCAGAUCAAGCCAUAUAACUGUACUGUCCAGAAUUCUCUUACCUUGGUUUCUUUAUGGCAACUUGCCUAGAAUUAAAUAUGCGGAACAUUUAAAAACAUACUGUAAAAAAAUUGAACGACAUUGUUACCCUGUAUGUCAAGACAAAAUAUAGUCCAAAUGUAUGUAUUGUCCUGAUUGUGUUAAAGAUACAUUCUCCAACUACCCCUAUAAAGAUGUACAGAGUGGUAUUCAAACAAUCGCUGAAGCAGCUAAAUGUUGUAUAGUGGCGAAGGUGAAUUGUUGAAUUCUAUUUAUUGUCUUUUUACCUCUGCUUUUGAAGCAAAAUCCAUGUAUGAAGAGACAGCAGAAAUAAAGACUGGAAACAACAGUGA